AUCACAUUUUCUGCCAAGUGUUACAAAAGCACUCAACACAUGUCCUAAAUAUAACCCCUUAAAAUCCCUCUUGACUUUCACACUUUCCCCCAAACCCCUCUCUAGUCUCUCCCCUCCCCAACAUGAGCAACAUCUCACCGCAUUCACCAUGCUCCGGCAACCCUCAAUUCACCGGCGACCAACAAACCAACCGCAACAUGUUCACAUCCAACAAAUCAAAACUCGACAACUCCGCAUACAAAAUUCUCUUGGUCAUCAACUACAUAUGCUUGUUUGUCGGCUCAGUCUCCUCAUCACUCCUCAUAAAAUUCUACUUCAACCACAAGGGAUCCAGCCGAUGGGUAUCCACAUGGAUCCAAUCGGCUGGAUUCCCGCUUCUGCUUAUCCCCAUCUACUUCCCGUACAAUGCCAAAACCCGAAAACCGUUUUCGGGUUUCGGUAUCAACACAUUAGGGUUAUGUGUUGGAGUAGGUUUAAUGUUGGUGGUUAGUAAUCUUUGUUUUUCAUGGGGGAACUCAUACCUCCCUUUAUCCACGUCAGCAUUGGUGUUGUCUUCACAGCUGGUGUUUACUCUACUUAUGUCUGUUAUUAUAGUGAAGCAGAAGAUUACGUUUCUGAACCUAAAUUGUGUGGUACUUCUAACGCUUAGUUGUGUGUUACUAGCGUUAAGUUCUAACGGCGAUCGGGCCGAAGGGUUAACGAAACAGAAGUAUUUUAUCGGGUUUUUUUCGACGGCGUUAGCCGGGUUAUUGUUCGCGGUAUAUUUACCGGUGAUGGAAAAGAUUUUCAGUAAAAUUGAUUGUUACGCGAUGGUGGUUGAAAUGCAGUUUGUGAUGGAGAUGACGGCGACGGUGGUGGCGACGGUGGCGAUGGGGGUGUGUGGAGGGUUUAAGGAGAUGAAGGAGGAGAGUGUAGGUGUAGGGUUGUUUGAUGUGGGGGCCACGAAGUAUUGGGUGGCGGUGGGGUGUAAUGUGGUGACGUGGCAGUUGUGUUUUAUGGGGACGGCGGGGAUGGUGUAUUUAACGACGUCGUUGACUGGGGGGAUAUGCAUGACGGCGUUGAUGGGGAUGAAUGUGGUGGGUGGGGUGGUGGUUUAUGGCGAUGAGUUCAAGGGGGCGAAGGUGGUGUCGACAGUGAUGUGUUUGUGGGGGUUUUGUUCGUAUGUUUAUGGGAUGUAUGUCAAGAUGAAGGAUGAGAAAGAUGGUGGUGGUGGUGGUGGUGAUGCACAGAAGAAGUCGUUGCUAGAGUUGUCCGAGAUUGUAACUGAAGAACAACAUUAAAGUGAAAGAUGGUGGAUUUAUGAUUAUAUAAAAAUAAGUUAUAUAAAACUCUGAUUUU